UCCAGGAUCGUUGUCACUUCCUAGAUAGGACCAGCCCCUCAGCAUCGGCUAGGGCUCCCCCACUCAGGGACACCCCCUCCCAGUGUCCCAGCGCCCCAGCAUAGGGGAAGCCCGGGCACGGGGGAGGGGGAUUCAGCAGUUGCUGGAUACCCAGAGAGAACAGGGCAGACGGAGGCGCUGGAUCGGAAGAACAGGAGCCCCCAGCCCCAGGACACACUCGGGACACCAGAUGGAUGCACGAGUGGGCAGAGUUAAUGUUGAGUGGGCAGAUCUUGGAAUUUCUUAACAUUCAAGUGGUUGGCGUUGCAACCUAAAUAACGUACUUUUCAUGUAGUGUUUCAUAUGGAUCUUUUGCUGCAGGCUGUGCAGGAGGAGGCUGGAUGCUCCCGACAGGUCCCAUGCAUGUUUAUUGAGAUUGGCAUCUGAGAGUGCAGCUGCUCCUGAGACAGACCAUGGCCACAGAACUACGUACAAGUGCAGAUUUGGGUCUCCAGUUACAGUUGCCUUUAGAGCAGGGGGUGCAGCCCCCAGUAAAAAGGGAGGAACAAGAUCCACCAGGCCCCGAGCCAGGGCAGGGAGUGGAGCAAGGAGAGAACCUUCCCUUUGUUGUCUGUUCUGGGACCAUCGGGGAAUUACUGAGAUGGGCGGCUCCGCAACAGUCCAGGCUUCAGAGGCAGGACGAGCCGCCCCAGCGCUGGGAAGUCCAGUGGCAGGAGGUGCUGCAGGCCCUAUGGACCCCUCCUGAAGUUGUGCCGGCCCCGGUGACGCUACAGCUGCCUGAGCUGGCACCAGGGGACGAUAUUGAGGCCUAUCUGGCCAACUUCGAGCAUGUGGCUAAUGCCUGCCAGUGGCCGAGAGGAGAGUGGGUAACGCGACUCGUGCCGGCACUCAGCGGAAAAGCCCGACAGGCCUACAGCAGCCUGGAGGCUAGAGACAGCAGAGACUAUGGGAAGGUGAAAGCUGCCAUCCUGCAAGGGGAGGACACCCGCCUGGAGAUGCGGCGUCGAUGCUUCAGGCAAUUCCGCUACCAGGAGGCCGAGGGGCCCCGGGAGGCUUACAGCCGCCUCCAGGAGCUCUGCCAUCGCUGGCUGGAGCCGCAGAGCCGCACCAAGGAGCAGAUCCUGGAGCUGCUGAUCCUGGAGCAGUUCCUGACCAUCCUGCCAGAGGAAAUGCAGAACUGGGUCUGGGAACGUGGCCCAGAGAACUGCGCCCAAGCGGUGGCCCUGGCAGAGGGGUUCCAACUGGGGCAGCCAGAGGCUGGAUUAUGGGAGCAGCAGGUCACGGUGCGCGUGAAGGUUGAGGAAGUGACUUCGGAGAAGAUGGCUUCCCCUGAGGCAUUAUGGGAUGCUCCCGGCUCCCAGCUAGAGCAGUUGCAGCCCCAUCACGAAUGUGUAUCCCAGGAGGAGGUGGGACGAGUUGAGACCCCAGGACACCCGUAUGAACCACUCUGUGUCCCCAAAGAGGAGCCCCCGAUCCUCCAGGAAAUGGAUAAUAAGUCAGGCCCCCGGCCUCAUUCAGAGCACAUGAUGGAUGGUGAUCACAGGAUGGGUGACGUGGUGCUGAGCGCAAGUCCCCUGCUGGAGGUGCCAAGCGCAAGUCCCCAGCGGGAGGAGACAGAGAUGGCAGGGCCACGCAGGGUGUCCCUAGGAAGAUACAAAGGGAAGGCAUCACGGACUCAGCGCAGGGUGGGGAGGCAGCAUGGGAGCCCCAUUGGGAAAAGGCAGGUGGAAUCAGCCCCUCCCCUACCAGACUUGGGGAAGCCCGAACCCCAGCCCAGGCCUUUCAAAUGUGCUGAGUGUGGGAAAACCUUUUGCCGCAGCUCUGACCUGCUGAGACACAAGCGGAUCCACCGGGGGGAUCGGCCCCACCACUGCACUGAGUGCGGGAAAAGCUUCGUUCGGAACUCCCACCUCCUGAUCCACCAGGUGAUUCACCGUGGCGAACGCCCCUUCACGUGCAGCGAGUGUGGAAAGAGCUUUAGCCAGAGCUCCACCCUAACAAGACACCAGCAGAUCCACACUGGCGAGAAACCCCACCGCUGUCACCAGUGUGGCAAGAGCUUUGGGCGCAACUCCAACCUGACGAGGCACCAGAGGCUCCAUGCGGCUGAGCGGGUCUACCGGUGUGCAGGAUGCGGGGAGGCCUUCCGCAGCAGGGGUCUGCUCAUUUCUCACCAGCGAUGCAGCAAGAAGGAGAGGCCAGAGGCUUGCAGAAAGCGCACAGCGCCUUGGUUUGGUCUCUGCCCCCAACACUCCCGACCUGUCUGCAUAACAAUUGGGACAAUCUGUAACAGCAAAGACAUUAACAAACCCAAAGACAGACUUCGAGGAGGAAGGCUGAGCUUUCUACAGCUGCAUCUUCACCGCCUCUGCAAGGAAAGCAAGGUGGAGUCUGUGACAUAUCCCGACUUUCUGGUUGAUACUGAGAGCAAUGGCCCCUUUCCACUGGAGGAUCCCAGCAAGGAGAGCUUCCCGAUGGCGCACUCGGCCGAGUUCUCGUGGAUGGAGCGAGGGGAGGAGCUAUGUGAUGCCGACUCAGAUGAGCGGGAGGAGCUGAGAGUUGUCCUGACAGAUGACGGGGCCCUGAGUGAGGACGAGGAGGCUGACGAUGUGCAGGAGCCGGACGACGAUGAUGGGGAGCCAGAAGGGCCGUUCUCAGCCCGCUCCGAAGGGGACGAUUCCUGCGGGAGCUCUGAGAGGCCACAGGGUAGAUGGCGUGAUGCAGGUGCGGGUGAGCAGGCCUGCGAUGCAGAGGAUAAGCCGUUCCGGUGCUCCGAGUGUGGCAAGGGGUUUGCCCAGAGCUCCAACCUGAUCAAACACCAGCGGGUCCACACCGGGGAGCGGCCCUACCGCUGCCACCAGUGCGGCAAGGCCUUCACCUGGAGCUCAUCGCUGCUGGAGCACCAGAAAUCUCAUGCUGGUGAAAAGCCCCACAGCUGUCCGGAGUGCGGGAAGAAGUUCAGCCGUGGCUCCACCCUGCUGGAGCACCAGCGCAUCCACACCGGCGAGAAACCUUUCCGCUGCCACCAGUGCGGCGCCCGCUUCAGCCAGAGCUCCACACUGGUGCACCACCAGCGCACCCACACCGGGGAGCGGCCCUACCGCUGCGACGAGUGCGGGCGCAGCUUCGGCCGCAAGUCCACGCUGGUGACCCACCGCCGCACCCACACCGGCGAGAAGCCGUACCACUGCCUGGAGUGUGGACGCAGCUUCGUGGUCAGCUCGGACCUGGCCAAACACCAGCGCACCCACACCGGCGGCCAAGGCCCCUACCGCUGUGGGGAGUGCGGGGAGGGCUUUGGCUGGAGCGCUGCCCUGGCUGCCCAUCGGGCCAGCCAGCACGGUGCCGAGAAGCCCUACCGAUGCUCCGAGUGCGGGGAGGCUUUCCACCAAAGCGCCACGCUGCUGGUGCACCAGCGCACCCACGCCGGCGACGAGGCCUUCACCUGCUCCGACUGUGGGGAGUGCUUCCUGGAGAGCGCCAAGCUGGCCCGGCACCGGCGCAUGCGGCACAGCGCCGACGGGGAGGAGAAGCCUUUCAAGUGCUCUGAGUGCGGCAAGGGCUAUGCCCAGAGCGCCGGCCUGCGACACCACCAGCGAGAGCAACCCUUCCGCUGCCCGCAGUGCGGCCUGAGUUCCUGUGGAGCUGCCGGCUGGCUGAGCACCGCCGCAGUUGCCGCAUGGCGGAGAAGCCCUACAAGUGCCCUGAGUGCGGCAAGAGUUUCGGCCAGAGCUCCAAGCUGCUGCGGCACCAGGUGACUCACACCGGCGAAAAGCCCUACAAGUGUCCGGAGUGCGGCAAGAUCUUCAGCCAGAGCUCCAAUCUGGCGGAGCACCGGCGCACGCACGCCGGCCAGAAGCUCCACCGCUGCGGCAUCUGCGGCAAGAGCUUCGCCCUGGGCUC